AGUCAGAGGGGCUGCUCUGCUCCAAACCCCACCUCAGCCUUGCUCCAUCGUGCAUCCCUUGGCUGCUGCCCCAGGCUCAGAAGAUGGAUGGUCUGGGGCUGAGCUGGCUGGUGAAUCACUCCCAUCCCCUUCCCCCAAGCUCUGCUCGAUACCCUGAGUUCAGUGUCGACCUGGUCAGCACGAAAGGAGGAAAAACCCGUGCGUUCGGUCUGCCCUUGGCCAGCAGGAAGGGAGCCUGCCUGCAGCUGGCUGCCACAAGGAAUGUGAACAUCAUCCUGCAGCACUACAAUUUUACAGGGAAGCUGACCAACCGGCAGUCCCAGGAUGAGGGCAUGAACCCCCUCCGCACAACCUUUGUCAUCAUCAGCUGCAUCAUCAUCCUGGAGAACCUUCUGGUGCUGCUGGCCAUCAUGCGGCACCUGCGAGCCCGCCGCUGGGUCUAUUCCUGCAUUGCCAGCAUCACUGUGAGCGACCUGCUGGCAGGCGUCGCCUACCUCUCCAAUAUCUUCCUGUCAGGCAAGAAGACCUUCCAGCUCUCGCCUCAGCUCUGGUUCCUACGGGAAGGUAUCCUCUUCAUCGCGCUGGCUGCCUCCACCUUCAGCCUGCUGGUGACUGCCAUCGAGCGCUACAGUGCCAUGGUAAGGCCGAUUGCUGAGAACGAGGCCAGCAAGACCCUACGCCUGCGCAGCCUCAUCAUCUCCUGCUGGCUGCUGGCCUUUGUCAUUGGACUGCUUCCACUGCUGGGCUGGAACUGUCUGUGCGACUUCAAUGCCUGCUCUGUCCUCCUACCUCUCUACUCCAAGAACUACAUCCUCUUCUCUGUGGUCAUGUUCAGCAUCAUCCUUCUAGGGAUCGUUGGCCUCUACAUCUCCAUCUAUCAGCUGGUCCAGGCCAGCUCCAAGCAAAUCAGUUCUCGGCACAGCCGCAAACGGUCCCUGCGCUUGCUCAAGACGGUACUGCUGAUUCUGGGUGCCUUCAUCAUUUGCUGGAGCCCCCUCUUUGCCCUGUUGCUCUUUGAUGCCUUCUGUGAGACCCAGACCUGCAGAUACCUCCACAGCCUGGACUGGACCUUGGCUCUGGCCAUGUCCAACUCAGCCAUUAAUCCCAUCAUUUACUCUCUCCGGAGCGUGGAGGUGCGCCGCGCUGUGAGAAGUCUGCUGUGCUGCUGCUGUGUCCAGGUGGGGCUUUCCAAGAUCGGGAGCUGCGUGGUCAUCACAGACAUCAACUCUGGCUCAUCCACAGAGAGCUCCUUGCGCUGCCGGGAGAGCUUCCGCAGCUCUGUAGUCCUGAAUGCCCGGCCCAGGGCGCCCCUCUCCAGCAACUCCAGCAUGAUGAGCAAUCUCCCCAGCCUCUGAGAAGCCGUGGGGUGGGCAGGAGGACUAGACAGCCUGCUAGGACCUCCUGCUGCCCAUCCUGGCCUGGCAGAGCUGUGGCCUUGUGUGCAGCUCAGACUGAGAGGGUACAACCCCACCCCAGUGGUUAACUGCAGCCAGGCUUGCCAGCACUGUGGAUUGGGAUGUUGCUUCAGUGUGCAUGUGACAUGAGGAAAGGCACUGGUCCUGGGACGGGGGUGGGGGAUAUGGGGAGACAGAUGCUCUGCUGAGUCAGCUGCCAUGCCCAGUAUGUUACAGGUGCGUCUUGCUCCAUGUGUACGUGUAUAUAGACGCUGUACCUCUCCUGAUGGAGGACAUCUUGCCCAGGGUCCAGUAAGGGAGGGCUGGGUACCCCCACCAAGACUGUUCCCAGUCCCUUGGGGUUAGGCUGGCCUGGCAGAGCUGCCAGUGCAUGUCAUGCAGGGCUAGAGGCAAUCCCUGAGUCUUCUCCUGCCAUUUACAGCCUCCUAGAACUGCCCUGCUGGGCACAGCUUUGGGGAAAGGACGCAGGGAGGAUGCCUUGCCAGGGAGUCCAGGAUAACCGGGUUUGCAAGUGAAACUGUGUGUGGAGGGAGCAGCUCAGCCACCGCUGGCCAGGAGCCAAGUGCUCACUUGCAGUGUAACACGACCGGUUCCAGGCUGGCAGAGGGCUGCAGUGACAGCCCACUCUCUUACCAGAGUGCAGAGGCUUGGCACUGGGCCCGGGGCAAAUGCUGUGGCCACACUUACAGACCAGCAGGGAAACCUCAGAGCCCUGCUGUGUCUCUAGGCAUAGGGCUGCACCUGCACAGCAGCCUCAGCACCACUGCAGGCAGACAGUGGUACCCACAGUGACUCAGGACUCUGGUGCCCUCAUGUGUGGCAGAGCUGCCUUCUCCUGUGUGGCUAAGCCGCGUGGGUGACAUGCACUUGCAGAGCACAGGGCUGCUCUGCUGUGGCCUUCCAGAGAUCAGCGAGCAGUGCUCCAGCAAACCUGCCAGGCUGCAAGCUCCCAGCACGGGGGGGAUGCCACUGCGGCUAA